AAAACCGUUCAAAUCCCGAUACCCACCUACAGAUAGCUUGAGCCACGCUACCAGCUUUUAUCUGAAUAUAAGAUGAAGAAUCCACUUCCUGUGGCGGCCAUCGUCUUACUUCAGCUGACUUGGACAGGGUUUGUCAGGGGCAUGAACCCCGCCUGUGGUUCGAACCGCUGUACCGGAGAAAAGUGGUUCGACGGCUGUCAAUGGUGUGUCUGCUACCCCAAUGGACCAGUCUGCUCCACAGAGAAGUGUUCGAGUCUCGUCGCGUUGUUACCUCCCUGCACGGCUAUUGGUUCUUCGUGGAGAGACGGCUCGUACUAUUGCACGUGCAGCAAGAGCGGCAUCACGUGUGAGCCGAACAAAGAUUUGGUCCAUCACCUGUGGCACGAGGUCCCGGGGUGGGAGGACCAGUCCCAGAGCACCUGCACCAGCAUCAACGACCGUCGCUGUGUCUGCGACAUCGACGGCGUUCAGCUCUGCAGCGCCGAAGCCAGUAAUGCACAUAGCAACAUUGAUAAUAUUGCCCUACCUAGCAAUCACGGCCCUUCCAUAUCAACCCACGACCUAUCCCAACCGAGCAGCGAUGGCCCUUCCCUAAGGAGACACUACAGUCCUUCCCUACCAACCCACGACGGCCUUUCCCAUCCACACCACGCUGACUCUUCCUUGACGGGUAACUACGACCCUACCCGACCACACCACAGAGACCUUUCCCAUCUAGACCACGUCGACCAUUCCCAACAACAAGACGACGGCAUCUCCAAACUCAUUGACGCCGCCCUUUCCCAUCUAGACCAUGCCUUCCAUUCCUCGGCAAACCCCAUCAACCAAGAACAACGACCAACCCAUAAGAGUACAGAUUUGAUUAAGUCGAAACACCAUGACCACGGAACAAAUGAUAUCGAAGUAGAAUUCUUUCCACCCAAUCAAUAUUUGAUAACUACCAAGAACGAAGUUUAUACACAUGUGUCAGAUAGUCAUGGAUCAGACAAGCAACACCUGAAAAACCUAAUAGAGCUUUUGCUUAAAGAGUUUUUCAAGUUGUCUAAUGAGGGAGAGUUAUCACAUGACCACAAAGAGCAGCAAGAUAUCAAUGCCGACAGUAGACCAAACGAUGAAGAGAAAAACAAUCAUCGUCUAUUAAAUUGGCUUUUCACUCGCGAUAGACCACACCACAGGAAAACUGAUGAGAGCAACAACCUGAACGACUUGUUUGGAGAUGAUCUGUAUCAACCUUCGCAUUAUUUCAAUGACAAUAGACUGCCACAAGAUCACGGAGAAAACAGUGAGGGGACGAGACAUCAAGGAUUAUACGGGGACAAUCCUUUCCAACCAAUGCCAAGACUCCAAAAUAAUGUACCAACAAAUCAAAGAGAAAAACAUCUCAAUUCAGCUAGGCACUUUAAAAAAGCUCAUAACCAUAAAGUCAAUGAUCUAGGACAGGAAUUUGAUAGUUAUAGAGAAGACAGUCAACAUUUAAAGAACAAGCUGGAUCAGAUUGUUAGGAAAUUGUUUCCUGGUGAUAGGAACAUUAAACAUGAUGGGAGAAAAGGGACGAAAGAUCAACAGAGAGAUGAGCCACAUAUAGACCCAAACAAGAGAUCUGACGAAGACAUGAUACCGCAUCAUGUUUUCUACCCCAGUAUGCUGAAGCAGUGGUUGACUAACGGGAUACAAGGAGAUCAACCCUUUCAACCUACGCGGGUUGAGCAUCCUCAGCCUGUACGUGUAUCUCACAAUCGCUGCAAGUUGACUGACCGAUGGUAUACCGGAAGUCUCCGCUGUCGGUGCCUGAAUGAUGGGGCCAGGGUGACCUGUGGCGAGCCCAGCUCUGUCAACGACAUCAACGACAAUUUCAUCAGGCUGGUCAACUGGGAGUGUCGAAAAGGAUCCGAGUUUGAACUCUCAGACUAUUGCCUGGUCUGCCAUUGCCAGUUUAGUGGCUUUCCCCUGUGUUCAAGAUCAGGCGAGGGAAUUUGUUCAGUCACCCCUUCCAUCGAACACCACCCUUUGAAUGACGAAGUUGACGACAGAGACAGCCCUUUCUUCACAGACAGCCCUGAAGAAACGGAGGGCGUAUCAGAUGUUCCCACAGCCACUGGUCUCACAACAAUGUUCCCGUACACGGUACGGUGGAUCCGAUUUUAAAGAAGCCACCACCGGGUAUCAGGACUGCAAUAAUUGUCCAUGUACAAAUGGGGGUCCCAGAUGCACAAUGAGAAAUUGCUAAGGCUCCGGAGAAGAAAUUAGAUAAUUUACUUAGACUAAAAUAUAAACAAAACUUCCAUGUUUGUGUGUAAACAUUUUUUUCGAAAUGUUGUUUAAAUUUUACAAUACCAGAAAUAAAA